AUGUCUUAUUCACCACUACGGGCACCCAAUGAUCCAGAAGAAUCAGGGCUCUCUGAUGCCGGAAAAGAACCAUUGCCCUGUGAUUUAUCGCUAGUGAGAGAAUUUGGUGGAAAAGCAUUUGCUUAUCGCAGUGUGCGCAAACUUGAAGGUUUAGCGCACCUACGCGAAAUCGAAACGCUUAAAUUGAGUUUUAAUAUGAUCAGAAAAAUUGAAAAUCUGGAUACCUUGACUAGGUUAACAACGCUGGAGCUUUAUGACAAUCAGAUCAAAAAAAUUGAAGGAUUGGAAGCUCUUGUGAAUUUGGAAGUUUUAGAAUUAUCUUGUAACCAAAUUCGUAAAAUUGAAGGACUCGAAAGUUUAUUGAAUUUGGAACAUUUAAAAUUGCAAAUUAAUCAAAUUACUGAAAUACAAAAUUUGGACCAUUUAAAUAAUUUAACAUUUCUUGAUCUUAGAGAAAACAAAUUGACGGUGAACCAUAACGAAUUAGCAGAAUGGAGCUCAAUGGUCAAUCUCUCAGCAAAUAAAGAAUUGAAGUAUCUGAAUGUGGCGGGCAAUCCUAUUGUUAAAAGGGCACCAUAUGAGUAUAAGUAUAGGCUAAUGGCGAUUGUUCCAUCUUUGCGAAAUGUGCUAGCAGAUGAUGAUACAAGCGUUUGUGAAUAUUAUAAAAUCGACUGA